AUGAGGAAGCCCAUGUUUGAGGACAUUGGCCAGUGCCCCCUGAAUACCUUGGAAAUAUUUUCCUCAUCCAUAAACCUGAUAGAUGACUCUGCCUUUUCUGAUCUGCAGAACCUGAGAGAGCUUCUGGUGAAAGAGUCCUCAAUAAAAACUGUUCACCCGAAUGCUUUAAUGAAACUGCAUGCCCUUGAGUCCUUGAUCCUAGAGGGGUGUUCGCUGGACCAGAUCCCAUCUGGUGUCCUGGACUCCCUGACCAACCUGCAGGUUCUUAAUUUAAGAAGAAACAUGCUGCAGACCCUCCCAGCAGAGCUGUUCAAAUACAAUGGGAAGUUGCUCCACAUCAACCUCAGUCUCAACCGUCUCCAGACUCUGCCCGAAGGCAUCUUCAGACUCUUCCUGUCCACUCUUUACGUGAACCUCAGCGGGAACUAUUUCACUUGCGACUGCAGCCUGGCCUGGGCUUCUUUCUGGGUGAAGUCCCUGGGAAACACAACCAAUGCAGAGGAUUUCAUGUGCUUCGCCCCUGUAGAGCUUCGUGGCAAGCAUUUGAAGGAUUUUAAUCCCAUAUGCAUUCCUGAAUAUGUAUGGUAUAUUCUCAUAGUCAUCCUCGGAAUGACUGUCUUGUCGACUGUGGCUGUCCUGCUUUAUGUGUACCGUUGGAAGAUCUACUAUCAGUGGUACCUGCUGUUGUCCAAGAGGAAAGACACAGAAGUCUGGGAGAACAACCCCAGGUUUAAGUAUGAUGCUUUUGUUGCCUACUGCGAGAGGGAUUUUGAAUGGGUAAUCCACGAGUUGAUUCCCAACCUAGAGAACAACGCCGGUCUUCCGAACGUGAAGCUGUGUGUGUCGGACAGAGACUGGGACCUGGAAGGCAACAUCCUGGACAACGUGGAGAGCAGCAUUCAGAGAAGCAGGAGGACCAUCUGCGUGAUAUCCACGAACUUCCUGAAGAGUGAGUGGUGCAAGCUGGAAAUGAGCCUGGCACACAUGCAGCUCUUCUCAGAGAACAGAGAUGUCUUGGUUUUCAUAUUCUUGGAGAAGAUCCCUGUUGAAAGGUUGUCCCAGCACCAGAAGCUCCGCAGGGAAAUGUGUAAGAAAUCCUGCCUCGACUGGCCGGGAGGAGAAACAACUGCUCAGAAAGUCUUCUGGGAGAAACUCAGAUCUCUCAUUUUCAAAAACCCUGUGGUCCAACAAAUUUAAACUAAAUGAAAAAUCUACAGUGGUUCAUUAACAACAGUGGCAAAAAAAAAUAGAAAUGUGUUAUGUUAAGACAAUUGAAACCAUUAUCCCAGGAUAAAUUAUAAAACAUAAAUAACUGGUUAUAAAAAUAGCAUAAAACAAAAAUAUAACAUAACUUAUGCAAUGUGAAAGUGCUUUGAGUGAAACAGUUCAAAGGCUCUGUCUGUCUGUUCAGAGUUCUAUUACAGCUUUCUAAGUACAAUCUAUGCAGAAAACACGCUUUUCAACUGUACCAGUGCAUUUGCCACAGACUGCCUUUUCACAAUGGGCGCAGACAUCAAAAGUUAUGUUUUUAUUGCAUUUAGCAACCUGGCAUUGUCUUUUAUUCCGUGUGCCAGUGGGCACAGCGCUGGCUGAAGGUUGAGGGGCAUUUACCAGCCGGCUUUCGUGUCUCUUAUCAAAAUGUUUCUGCCAUAGCUCCAGGGUUAGCUGCAAAAUGAAGUCCCUCCGAGUGAUUGUGUUGCUGGUGCACUCCUUGUACAAAACCAAAGCGUUGAUGGAUGCCAGGUCCAAAACAUUAUAAAAAAACAACCACAGACCACCUGCGAGUACCACCUUUGAAUACAGCAGAAUACAGCCGUGCCAUUUGAUCCAUUAUAUCCACACUGUACUUCAUUGUGUUGUAAAAUGCAACAGUCUCUAGCUUUCGUUUAUUAUUAUUAUUAUCAUUAUUUAUUUCUUAGCAGACACCCUUAUCCAGGGCGACUUACAGUCGUAAACAAAAUACAUUUCAAGAAUCACAUGAUGGUCACUGAUCUGAGAGCUUAGAAUACGCACUUUUUAAAAAAAAUGUGCACCGUCACACUCAGGGUGGCACAGUCGUUCUGCCUGAGAAAUGUAGUGUAAAUAAUAAUAAUAUAUGGUGUGUAGAAUGGCUUUCAUCAGUGUUUCAAGCACUCAGCAGGAUUAUAAUAUGUUAUUUCACAAUGACUUUUAUUUUAUUACAAAGCCCAGACUAAAUUGUCGGCUAUAUUGUAUUGAUUUCAAUAUGCCGCAUAAACUGCGGGUCUGGCGGUUGAAGAAGCAAGUGCUUAUAACUUAUUCAUUUUUACGAUUCUGCAGCUGGAACAUCGUAUGGGUAUUUAAUUCAAAUAUUUAGUAACACUUAAGAACGAACAUGCACAAGAUAUUCUCAUAUGCGGAGAUAUUUAAAUUUGAAUUGCAAAAGCCGUUCAAAUAGCGGUUAUGGCGGUGCUAGUGUUAAGACUAAUUUAGAGACUCUGCUUUUCCAACAAAAUGUUCCUUAUGUUCCUUUGUCAAGGUAAUUUAUUCCAGAACCAAGCAACACCAGUGUAACAGUAAGCCUGAAUACCUUUACUUCAAGGAAGACUUAUUGACAAACCAUGAUCCAGACUCCCUGGCCCUUCAAAGGUCCUGGAAGGGCUAAUGGGACCAUUGUAAAAACAUAUUUAGGAAAAUUAAGUUUUCAGACAAAAUAAGUAAUAAGGAAAAUUCAUAGAAAUUAAGAAAACACUGAGACUAAAUAAAGGUAACCCAACAAAUCAGUAAUAAAUAAAAUACCAUUAAGAAUAACUUAAAUUAACUAAAUUAAAGCCCUCAUCCACCUUAACAUAACAGAUCUAAGUGCUGCCUUUGGUGCUGUAGACCAUUCCAUCCUACUGAAUCGUCUUGAAAGCACAGUGAGACUGUCUGGCCUUGUCCUAUACUGGUUCAAAUCUUAUCUUUCUGAUAGGUUUCAGUUCGUCUCUAUUGGGGAGCGUGACAGAAAGACAAUGAUUCUUGGUGGUAAAUCUCCCUCUCGACCUGUGAGGGUGCUAAGUAACGGGAACAGAGUACUCUGGACUACUUGGCCUGACGCUUCGUUCCGAGGGUUAAAAGGAAGUCGGUCAUGUAGAAAAGAGAUGGAUCUUCGGUACACUAACUCAUUGAACCGGAGGGGAAAUGAUGUGGCAGCUGCAGAUCAUAAAAAGCAGCUGCAAUCGUUUACCAAGGGGUCAUGAGUGACGGUAUAAAUAGGGGUCGAAGCAAUGUUAUCUGUUCCUUCAUUUUGGUUGUGUCAUUGACCUGGAAGGAGACCCGUACUGUUGGUGAAAUAAUUGUGAGUAUUUGUUUGUACUGUCUAUUGUUGAGUGUAUUCACUAGACUGCUAACAUGUUCCGGAGCUGUCACCAGAGGCCAGCACAAACCCGGAACAGCACUUCACUUGUACCACUGUAAAACUGUGUUGCACCACAGUCACUUAUUCACGCACUAACCAGACCUGUGUAUGUGUUUUGUGUUUAAUGUGGGGAUACAAGAAUGGGACUAUUAUUUUGCGACCAGCUUGGGGGAUUAUAAAUGUAAGUAAUACCAUUACCUUCAUUAUUAUUUCCUGUUUGUUUCACAGUCAGGCACUGGACAAAAACAACUAAAAAAACAAACCUUUUACCUGGAUUACAAUUGUCUGUCUGUUCUUUAAUCACCUGCACCUGUACACUAUUAACCACUUUGCCACAGGGAGGUAAAAUUGGCAUUAUCGGAAGUUGUCUCACAGGGCUCCAUUCUGGGUCCCUUGUUGUUUUCGUCAUAUAUGCUACCGUUAGGUGACAUUAUCUGCAGACAGGGAGUGAACUUCCAUUGCUGUGCUGAUGAUACCCAGCUAUAUUUGUCCCUAAAGCCAGGAAUUUCUUCUGCCUGGGUGCUAACUACUUGCCUUACACGCAUCAAGCAUUGGAUGUCACAGAUAUUUCAGGAAUGGAGCAUUGCCUUUUAAGAGCCACAACUUAAUCAAGAGUCCUUGCUGUAAUUGCAUGCAAGCUGCAGUUUUAAGCCGUGAUUUUGAGAGAAUCUCUUCUAGUUAAUUCUAUAGAAGUUGUUUUAACUAG